GGAAAAAUGAGAAGUCGAAGACGAGCCAAGUUAGAAUUCAGGUCGCUGAACUGCACUUAGUUAGAUAGGUGCCAGGUACUAUGAUGGAGGCGAGGGGUUGUUCAAAAAAAAGAAAAAAUGAGACCGAUAACCGGAUUUCUAGUUCAGCACGCGUGCAUUCAGCUGUGUAAGUAUGCGAGACUCGGUCAGCUGAACCGGUUUUCGAUUGCAUUCUAUGUCAGUCAGUCAGUCAGUCCAGAAAGACAGCUGAUAUAAGUAUUGACCCUCCUCCUCGUUUCGGACGGCGCGGCAGUGCGGCGCGAGUGAAGUAGAUUAGGCACAGACCGACCGGCUAUCGAUUGGAAUGAAGAAAUGGAGAUAAUGCAGCAAAUGAGCGAGUGAGAACGAGUAUCGGUAGGAAGUGCGUGCUACUUCGCUAUGAGCCUAUGCAUCAUGACGUUGUCGACUGUCGAGUCGACAUACAAAUGACUUUUACUGUGCGCGGUAUUUACAAACAUUGCUUUGUUUAAUUUUGUCGUGCUUAUCGUGUUUGUAGUCAAAUCGAUCAUAACACUCGCUGUUUUCGGAAAAGUGCAAGUUUUCGUGAUUUCGUGGAAAUUUAUUCGGAUUCCCGUGCAUCCAAGACACCUGUUCGUACCUGUUUGAUGAUGAUAGCAGCAGAUAAUUUAUGUUCCGUUGGAACCCGCCUCUCGGAGUACGCCAGAAAGUUACCGCAAAAUAAUCCAAAUGUACGGAAGAGGUACAUUGAAAAAAUUAAAAUCAUCAAGUUUAAUGACCCUUACACGUUACAACUGUCCUCUGACAUGCCAACAACGGUGACUACCGGUCACGUCGUCGACUACCUGAUCAACUUCAAGUCGCCUUAUACUGGAGAAUCGGUCAAAAACCUCCGAAGUCUGGACGCGUACAGAAAGUUUGAAGCAGGGUUCGUACAAUCAAUGAAAGGACGUUUGAUGGAAAACUUCUACAUCGUGGUGGGAAAGGUUGCUCAUUUAAUGCGGCUCAACGAGAAGCCGUUGAAUCCCUGGGUCAUUGUCCAGAAAGAAGGAAUGAUCAUUUCAGCUCACUGCGAUUGUGCUGCUGGCAUCAGUGAAACAUGUUCACAUGUGAGUGCCAUAUUGUAUGCCUUGGCAAAUCUACACCAAUUGACCACCGAUGGAAAGAUAACUGUUACCGACGUUCCCGCCUACUGGAAACAACCUAGAAAACGUGUUAAAGAUGAUUUAUAUAAAAUGGUCAAAGAUGUUGGCUAUGGCAAAAAAAUUAAGCGGUAUUACGACACGAACAUCAACAAAAGCCAUACCGAUUUUUUGAACCUUCUGGAGAUGAUAAAGCAGGAUGGAAACAAUGCAGCAGUUUUUGGAUCGCACUGUGACGGUGUUAAUUUCACAUGCACCCAGUGCUGCGAAAAUAAUUAUCCGGAUGAGAUUUUUUUGAAUAAAUCAAUUCUUCUCCAAAACAACUUUAAUCCUAACUUAGUAGGAAGAUCCUUGGACGAGCUGAUUUCAAUUGGAAAAACGAUUCCCUUGGAGUUAACCUCAAAUGAGACUUCCUUGGUUGAAAAUUUGACAAGGAAGCAGCACAAAUCUAACUUGUGGCACUGGGCACGUACUGGAAGGAUAACAGCCUCGGUUUUAAGAGAAGUGGUAUAUUCUUCAAAUCGAUUCCCUCCGCCGAAGAGAUCUCUGUUGAAGCGUAUUUGCCACCCAUACAAAGAAAAAGCAAUUAACACACCUGCCGUUACCUAUGGUAAGCAGAACGAAGCUGUUGCAAUACGAGAUCUAGAGCAUAUCCUCAAGCAAACACACCAGGACGUGAAACUCGUGGACAGCGGUAUUGUCAUUGAUCCGAAAUACCCUUUCAUGGCUGCAUCUCCGGAUUGUAUGAUGCAAUGUUCAUGCUGCGGUUCUGCUCCCGUUGAAAUUAAAUGUCCAUAUCGGCUCAGUGAAAAUAGCCCCUUGAAUCUGCAACUCAGUCUAUACGAGCUUUCGAAAUCGAAAGACUCUUUCAUUGAAUUUGAUGGUGAUAGAUUCACCAUGGUUAAAACUCACAAGUAUUAUUACCAAGUCCAAGCCCAGAUUUUCAUGACUCAAUCGAAUUAUGGAAUAUUUAUGGUUUGGAGUCGACAAGAAAAGCUGGUUAUAUAUGUUGCGAAAGAUGAAGUUUCUUGGACCAAUUGGUUUGCAAGGAGUAAAUUGUACUUCCAAAAUAUAGUGAUUCCUGAAUUGCUUGGUCAUUAUUUUACUUAUAAUACUAAUUAAGAUGGGAAUAUUGGUGUACUGAUUUUAUUCCUAUGUGAUAAAUUAAAAAUUGCUAUAAAAUUUUAAAAUUGCCUGCGUGUUGUCUUUAAAUUAAAUAAAAAAAUGAACUAAAACAAUGAUGAUAUACAUCAAUGAAAAUAGGGCCCCUAUAGCUACAGCUGGGCAUGGGUGGUGUUCAGCAUGACCAUGCUGAGGGUGAUGGGUUCCAGCAACUUUUCGUAAUGGAAAUUUCCUUGGCGUCCUUGGGCAUAGAGUAUCUUCGUUCUGCCACACGAUAUACACAUGCAUAAUGGUCAUUGGCAGAGGAAGCUCUUAAUUAAAAACUGUGGAAGUGCUCAAAGAACGCUAAGCUGAGUAGCAGGCUUUGUCCCAGUGAUGACGUCACGCCAAAAAGAAGAAGAAUAUAUUAAUGAUGGUUUUUUUUUUCAACCUGAAAACGACUGUAGUUUUCGGAUUCAUUCGUUCGCUCGUCCCAUCCCUUACUCUUCACUUUUUAAUCACUCAUUCAUUUUAAACGACUUACCUACUAAUUUUUCAUAAGGAAUAAUUUCUUAGAAAUCAUUGCCGGUAAUUCCGAGGGCAAAUCUUGAAGUUUCGCUAGGGAUUUUCAGCAAUUCGUUGCCAGAGUUGUCGAAUAUUUUAGAGAAUUUCUAGGUUUUUUUUAUUAAUGUUAAGUAAGACCGGAGAUUUUGAAUACUGAUGAUUUAUUUCAACUUUUCUAAUGAUUUACACAAACAUCAGCCUUAUGUUAUUGAACAGUUCAGGUUAACUAGUAUACAACAAAGUUUAACAAUUAUAUCUACUGCGUUGUUAUUAUUUUCGAACCUUUGAAGAGCUGUUGCUUCUAUCAUACCUCGUAAAUACUCAUAUUUAUUCUUUAAUACUCCAAUUAUUCGUUCCACAUGUACUCUUAAAGAAGUUACUUGUUUGUCCCUUUCUAAAUCAAGAGGAUUCAUUUGUUGGUUCUUCCUUAAAAAUGUUGGUAUGUUUAAUCUAGCACCACGAAGAGCAAUAAGAUCCGCAAAGUCAAAGCCUUUAUCGGCAAGGACAACAUCACCUGGCUGCAACAAAUCAAGAAAUCCUGAAUUUUGACCGAUAAAUCUAUCCGAACACCUUCCGACAAAAGCAUUCGAGAUGAACGAAACCGCACCGUGUGGCGACAUAGCUAUAAGAAAUUUCACUGUGUGUCGCAUCUUGUAAAAGCUGUGGUGUGCGUUUGCUGCCUUAGGGUCCGUGGGAGUUUCACAUGAAACUUCGAAGCAGUCAAUUAUGAAUACUCUUUUGUCUCCAAGAGUUUCCCGGAAAAACUGUGGCAGGUGUCGAAUGCAGGCUUCUUUGGAAGGAGGUUCUAAAGCGUAUUUGAGGCAGGAAUACAUAACAUAAAUGGUUCUGUGGAAGUACUUGGACACGGUAUUGACACAUGCAGAAUAUUCGUCUGCCAGGUCGACGAAAGGUGUACCACGACGCAAUUUACGUAAUGUCAUUACGAACACCUGAUCUUUAGUUAAGUGACACAACGGUUUGAAUAAGGAGCCUUCCACAUAAUUAAAAAUUCGUUCUAAAGUUUUAAAACUCUCGAUUCCGGUGUAUAACCUCGCUCGCUUAUCGUUGGAAAUCCAACUCAAUCCUCGUUCCACUUGCACUUCAAGCAAAGAAACACGCCUUUGCAACUCUUCGAUCUCUUUUCGGUACUUUUGCACCAUCGAACAAUCAGCACCAGAAAAGCAGCAGUUGGUUUCAUGGUUCUCAAUGGUCAUUAUUUCCUCCGAGAUUUCUUCGCGAUGUUGAUUACGACUGAGAUCACCUACUAAAAGUAUUAGAUACUAGAAUUACUUUGUUCUUGAAUCAAUCAUAACUAAACCUUAACAUCAAGUAAGCCACCAAACCUUUGCUUUAUUUUUUUAUAUCUAGGUAAGAAUUUUAUCAUCCUAUUAAAAAAAACGCUUUUUCAUUAGAUUUUUAAUGAUUAAAUGUUAAUGCUCAUUUUGAAUUGGGGAACACCCAUAAAUUACGUCAUGCUGUGAGAGGGAGGGGGGAUAGCAUAGUGUGACGACUCAUACAAAAAUUUCAGAGGUCUAAUACAAAAAGUGUGGGGGAGGGGGAUUGAAAAUGCCCAUUUUUUGUUGUGAUGAUUGGGCGGGAUUUAGCAAAGGUAACAGAUUAGACAUGAUUAGCAAAGAUUUGGGAGGUCUAGGGUAAUGUAUACAAUGUAUGAAAUAUGCUUUACAGGAAGGAGGCCUUAAAGUAAUGGACGUAUUUUUAUGAACAUUAUUAAAUAUUAAGACUUAAAAAAUGAGAAAGGGAGAGGGAGAGUAACGCCCUUCUUGAUUUUCUUGAUUAUUGUAUUUUUUUUCGAAAUCAUAUGUAUUCUAUGAACUUGUAAUGGUUUGGUGGCCUGUUAUAAAGUUUUUACUUACAUGAGGACGUGUCGGGAACUGUAUCUGGAACUACACUAUCUUUUUCAAAAGAGGUCGUCUGCGAAGAAUCUGGACACUCCAUCAGCGUACUUUGCAGGUUCACACCUGUCGCUGACUCAUUUCCCAGAAAUCGUGUAACAAAAUUGUCGAAGCUGUCCAAAGUAGAAGCGUCAUGUCCACCGGAGUUUUCUAUGGAGCUGCUGAACUUGAAAACACUGCUGUCAGAACCUUUAAAAGAAUAAAUAUCCAUGAGUAUAACUCAGUACUAGUUGUUGGCCGAAAUAAUCAGGGUUUGAAUUGCACAACGAUUGCGAAGGAUUUCGAUUCAUGCUAAACAAAUCUUUAAAAUUAAUUAAAAUAAAUAUUGAAUACUCACCAUUAUUGUAACAUGUAUUUUCAAGACUUCCGCUUCCAUGUUGGUUCAAUUGGGCUUCAAGAUCAAUAUUAGAUUUAUCCGGGUUGGGCACAUUCAAUGUGGGGGCCCAAUCGAUAUCAGAUGUAUCUGUAUCCUUUGCAGAUUUUCCUAAAAAAAAGUAAAUCGAAAUUCAUAUAAAAAUAUAUCAUUUAGCAUUCCUUCAACUUACCAGUUACAAAAUGCAAACUACAAACAAAUUUGUUUGUGGAAUCAUAAUGGGAUCUGAAUCCCAAUAUGCCAAUCCAUUUCAGGAAUCUUCGCCUGGAAAGCAUCGGCGAAGAUUUUUUUACUGUAGGGAAUCUGAAAAAACGUAUGUCCGGAGAUUUUCUGGACGACACACAGCCGGGUACAACACACUUUCGAGGCAUUUAUGAUUUUUAAACGAAACACGGGAACGCUGGAAACGGAUGAUCACGGAAUAAAUAAAACGGAGGACGGAUUGUCACAGCAAAUUCAAAGCUAAUACUGUUGUGAAAUCUUGCAUCUUUAUCCUGGUGGAUAUGAUUGUAAACAUGACCAAAUUAAACAAAGCAAUGUUUGUAAAUACCGCGCACAGUAAAAGUCAUUUGUAUGUCGACUCGACAGUCGACAACGUCAUGAUGCAUAGGCUCAUAGGGCUGUAGAUAAUGUUCAUGAAAAUGAUCGAUCCAUCCAGAAUGGAGGAAGCUCAUUGUUAUUCAGAUUCAGAUGCGAGUUGAUCGAUAAACGUAGACACGAGAGUUUCUGUUCUGGCGUACGUGCCGUUAUUCUAGUGCGUGAGUGUAGACGAUGUAGACGGUGAAAGGUGUCGGGACUAGAUCUAUUUAUGAUCGAUAGCAGGUCUAUCGCGAUUCUAGAA